AUGUCGACCCCCAAUCUUAGUAGAGGAGCUGCAAGGCGUGCGUCCAUCUCGACUGACAUCAGCCCCGGCGAUACUUUUGUUCCACUGAGUGAGGAAUUCAAACCCGACUCCACUCGCGCUCGCUUUGAGGAGCUCGCCAACACCUACCGCAGCACCCACGACUCGCGCGGCCGUGCUCUCAGCAUGUUUGACAGCUCUGUGCAGAAGAGGGAGUCACUCCUGCAGCUCCUCUCGAUGAUCAAGAAUGGCGACCUACCGCCGACCGCGCAGAUGGUCCACCUCAUCAACACCAUCAACUUUGACAAAAUGAGAGAGUACGCCACCACCUACCAGGGCAAGAAGGUCAUUGACAACCUGGAGAGCUCAACCAAAAGCGGCAUCAGAGCGUUUGAGGAUGUCAACGGCAAUGAGAACGCGCAGCAUAUUGUCAAGAGCCUCGACAAUGCGCGCAAGAAGAGUGCCGAGGACCGCCAGCAGCUGAAAAACAAGGUCAAAAAGAGCGCUGAGGAGUCCAAGGACAUGGCCAACAGUGCAGGCAAGGAUUUUUUGGUUUUGGCCAGCGGUAUCAGCACCUCAUCAGCCUUCCGUAAGGCCAUCUCUGACCUGACAAGCCUGGUCAGGGCCACGAUCCAGGACAAGGAGCCCACUGAGCAGGAGUCUGAGCCGCUGAUUGACCGCGUGCGCAACCUGAUUGUUGAGGUACGCCACAACAAUGAUGUUCUCAAGUCACUGCGCUCGCUCAACUCUCUGUACACCAGUGUGUACAGCAAGGGCGCCAGGGCCGUGAAUACCGCGCAAGAAAAGGCAAAUUCGCACCCUGCAGUCGAAGACCUGCAUUCCGCACGCACCCACACCGAGGACCUGUUUAAGCGCCUGGGAAACGGCUACGAUCUUAGCCCAAUGCUCGGUGCCCUGGGCGCCCUGGCUGUGCUGUACCGCGACAACGAAAACGUUGAGCAGCUGGUUGCUGACACCAAGGCGUUCGGCGACUGGGCCAUCAACGUUGACGAGGAAAAGCUGACCUCAGAGGAGUUUGAGAGCCGCGGCCAGAAUCUGCUGGACAAGGGCCGCCAUGUGCUGACGCAGAGGGACCGUGAGAACGUUGACGUUGUGACGACCGAGGCGGACCACUACAUGCAAGCGGUGCAGAGCAACCCUGUGCUUGUUGACUACAAGGACUCUGUUGUUGGCCUGAUGCACGCAAUCGCUGGCAACAACCUGAACAGCGAGGAGCGCCGUGAGCACUACCGCGCCCUGCGCCAGGACCUAAUGGCCAACCUGCCCAUCUUGAUGCAGACAAUUCGCUACGUGCCCCUGCCGCGCGUGGCCGGCAUGAACGACGAAAUGGAGUUUGCCGCUGACAAUAUUGUCCUCGACCUGCAGCACUUUGUGCCCGAGCACAUGAGCUUUGACAUGCACAGUGAGAUAUACCCUCGCGCCGGGAUGCUCAAGGACACGCGGGCCAUGCACUCGCACAAGGGUUUCAAGGCCGAGCAGUUCUUCUACCUGACCAUCACUGGAGUGAACUGCGUGGCCAAGCGCGUUGCGUUCUACGCCAAGAAGAAGAAGGGCUUGCCUAGAGUAGCCGAGAAGGGCAUCGCCGAUUUGGUCAUAGGCGGCCGUGGUAUGGACAUUGUUAUCCGGGUGCGCAAGCUGCACAACAGCGAAAAGCCCCGCGUGCCGCUCGAAAAGACCUCGGCCACCAGCGGCAGCAGCACUCGCGCCAUGAAGGAUGGUAUUACAGCCGAAGCUGCCGCCGACAAGGGUACGCGUGCAGCACGCGAGCUGGAUAUUGUCGAUGUCAAGGUCAAGUUGCACGACCUUGACUUCCGCGUGCGCGAGAACAAGCACAACAUUAGCAGUACCCUGGGUAUCCUGCUGAUAAAGCCUAUUGCCAAGAAGCUGAUUGCAAAAAACAUUGCCAAGUCACUGACCGAGUACCUAGUCGUGGGCGACAAGCUAAUGGCCAAGCAUGGCGAUGCGGCACAGGCCAUGGUUAUGAACCAGAGCAAGAGGGCAUUCACCUCGGCCAAGGGCGCGGCCAGCAAGGGCGUCCAGGCGAGCAAGACAAAGAUUGAGAAUAUGCGCAGUAAGGGCGACAAGACCAAGGGAAAGGUGCAGGAGUCGGCACCGGCUGCUAUCGACAAGACAGCAGCCAAGAAGGCCGUGAAGAAGGAUAUCGCCAACAAGCAGACCGCCGUGCCGGUUGCGUCGGCCAACGAUUACACUGCGACCGCCGACGAGAUCGCCGCCAAGCGCGAGCAACUCGAUAAUCUGAGACGCGACUCAAUGAUCGAGAAUAUGGUCGAUAAUAUGGUCGAGGAACAAAUUUAA